AUGCCUGUUACUUUACCAGCUGGUGUUGAUUUUCUAUUGACGUAUGAAUGGCCUAAAAGUAUAUCUGAAUUGAGUAGUUUAUCCCCUAUUCAAAUCAAUGAAGAUAAAUCAUCUAUUUAUAUUUCAGAAUUGGCCGCUGCAUUAAAACCUAGAUAUCAUUUUGCUGCAUCUCAAUCCAUCUUUUAUGAACGUGAGCCUUAUAAAAAUAUAAAGAGCGGGUUGGCUGCGACAGAAGAAAGAUCUGCCCCACAUCCUACUCGAUUUAUUGGUUUAGGUGAUGUCUUGAAUAAAGAAAAACAGAGAUGGUUUUAUGCUUUCAAUUUAGUUCCUAUGUCAAAGGCUUCAAAGGAAUUACUGGAAACUUUACCUGAAAAUACAACAGAAUGUCCAUUUACAAAUUUAUUUUUAGAAAGCAACAAGAGAAAGGAGAGAGAAGAGGAUCGCCAAGGUGGUGGAUCAUUCUUUUGGGGAGAGGAGGCAAAGAGAAGUAAAUUAUCAAAUGCUCCACCAGAAAAUUAUAUUUGUAAACGCUGUAAUCAAGGCGGCCAUUACUUUAAAGACUGUCCACAAGCUGGUAAUAAUGAACCACAAAGGCAGAUUCCACCAGAGGGAUAUGUAUGUCGUAUAUGUAAUGAACCCGGUCAUUUUAUCAAAUUUUGUCCACAACGAAUGGUAAAAAAUUCUCAAGCAGCACAGCCCAAAUUGGAUGAAUGUUGGUUUUGUUUAUCAAAUCCUAAGCUAGAGAAGCAUCUUAUUGUAUCUAUUGGUACUGAACUUUACGUAACAUUAGCAAAAGGACCUGUUGUUUCAUCUAAGGAUAAAGAUAGUAAAGUUCCUGGAGGUGGUCAUCUCUUAGUUAUUCCAGUUAAUCAUUAUUCUACUUUUGCCAAGAUUCCUGAAGAAUCACAUACUCAAGUUAUUACAGAGUUGGAAAAAUAUAAAGCUUCGAUUCGUCGUUUAUUUGAAAAAUAUGAUCAAGAUAUGGUAGUAUUUGAAGUAUCAAGAGGAUCUUCUAAGGGACUUAUUCAUGCUCAUAUUCAAAUAGUCCCUGUGCCAAAAUCUAAAUCUGACCAACUUGAAAAAAUAGCUAAAGAGCAAGCAGCUUUAUCAAAUAUAACCUUUUUAGAUCAAGUACCUCAAAAUCCAGAUGUUCCUUAUUUCAAGUUAGAUUUACCUAACGGUAAAUCUUUAGUUCAUGUACUUCAAUUUAGAGAACGAUUUAAUUUGCAAUUUGGAAGAUUGGUGAUUGCUAACGUAUUAGGUGUCCCUGAACGUGAGGAUUGGAAAGCAUGUAGUCAAACAGAAGAAGAAGAAAAGUUAGAUGCAGAACAAUUUAAAGCUGCAUUUAAGCCAUUUGAUUUUUCUUUAAUUGAAUAA